AUGGGCAACAAGGCUGCGAAGGCAAUCGGAACCCUAACUUCGUUCACCUGUGAAAUUUGCGAUGAACGGUCACUGUCAACUCAGAAGUUUCGCCAUGGCAAUUCGUAUGCAUAUGUUCACAAUAUUUGCACUAAGUGCAUCGGCCGUCACAUCAAAGCAAGAGUCGAAGGGUAUAAUACAGAGAUAAAAUGCCCUAAAUUGAGCUGCCGGAGAAAACUAGACCCGCUCGAAUGCCGGGAGAUAAUCUCGCCGGAGCUCUUUGUAAAACUGUGCGACAGCGUCUGCAGUUCGGCGGUCUCCGGCAAGAAAAGUGCUACUGCCCUCACCGGGAUGCGCUGA